AUGGAUCCUUACAAGAAAAAGAAAAGUAUUGAAAUAAUUCCUGAAAAUGCUGAAUUUGAGCUAUCAAGAAGUCUGGGUGAAGAUAGUCUUGGUGAUGAAUCUGAAGGCGAUGAUGGGUUAGUGCUGACUAAGGAAAUUGUUGAUAAAAUUCGGGAUGCAGUGAAAUACGUGGCAGCCUCGGAAUCUCGUAGGAUUAAAUUUGCUGAAAUUUCCAUGUCAUUAGGCUUGAAAUGUAAAAGGUUAAUCUUGGAUGCUUCAACUCGUUGGAAUUCGACAUAUAACAUGCUUUCAUGUGCUAUUGAGUUCAAAAAUACUUUUUUGAUAUAUUCUACAUCUAAUUCAUGGUUUAAAGAGUAUGUGCCAACUGAUGAUGAUUGGGAAAGGGUUGAAAAUAUUUGUUCUUUCCUUGAUGUGUUUUCUAAUGUUACUAAAAUAAUUUCGGGUACUAGAUAUUCCACUUCGAACUUGUUUUUAUCAGAAAUCAGGAGAGUUAAGCAAGUAAUAGAUAAAAAGGCGGUUCACUUAAAUGUGCAUAUUCGAACAAUGGCUCGGACAAUGGAAUUAAAGUUUGAGAAAUAUUGUGGGGAAACUAAUUUGAUCAUGUCUAUAGGUGCCGUCAUGGACCCAAUGUUUAAAAUGAAGCUUCCAACAUUUUGUUUUCCCACCCUUUACCCAAUUGCACAUGAUUCCGAAAGAAGUUUGAGUUGUUUGACGAAUGCCUUGACUGAGUUGUACUCAGAAUAUUGCAAAGAAGCAAAAGAUGCUGGUAAAGAGAGGACCGAGUCAAGUGUAUCUUCAUCUGAUGCUAAUUUCUUUAGUGCACCACGUGAAACACCACAAGGAAUAAAUGAUUUUGAGAGCUUCAUUCGAGAGACUGGUGGUAUUCUUGAGCCCACAAAGUCGCAAUUAGAAGAGUAUUUGAGUGAGAAAAUUCUGCCUUCAAGUUCAAAAUUUGAUGUUCUAGGCUGGUGGAAAGAAAACUCUACAAAUUUCCAUACUUUAUUUAAAAUGGCAUCUGAUGUGUUAAGUAUUCCUAUUAGCACUAUGGCUUCUGAGUCGACUUUUAGCGCUGGGAGUAAAGUUAUUGAACCUCACCGAUCUUGUUUAAAAGCUGAGACAGUUGAAGUGCUGCUGUGCGGAGCUGAUUGGGUGCGUGAACUUUAUGACUUGAAAAAGUCCAAAUAG